AGAGAGCAAGACAAAGGAAGGCAGGGACGGAAGGAGAAAAGGAGCGAAUAGAAGCGCGGCCGGCUCCGGGAGAGGUUAACGACGCGGAGUGAAGACAAGAGAGAGGAGGAGGACCAGGAGGGUGGAUCAGGAAGCAGGCUGGUGGCUCUCUCUUGUAGGCAGCGGAGCGCGGUGAAGGCAUUAUGGGAAAUGCACCAUCCCAAGCUAAUGUUGGGGCCUGCUUUCCGAAGCAAGGUAACCACACCAGCCACUCCCAUAUCUCCUCAUGUCGGCCUGCCUCUGGCCAAUCAGAAAGCAAGGAACGCCACUUCAGAUGACAAAGGCGAACCGACAGGCAAAGCAAAAUACCCGGAGCGUGGCGGAGGCCACAUGAUCUCCACCGAUGACCUGGAGUACCCGCGUGAAUAUCGCACGUUGGGAAACAGCGCGCGCCGCUUCUCCAACGUGGGGCUGGUCCACACCUCUGAGCACCGGCACACGGUCAUCGCCGCCCAGAGCCUGGAGGCUCUCACCAACCUGCACAAGGCCGACAUGGAACGCAAGCGGGACGCUUUCAUGGAUCACCUGAAGAACAAGUACCCACCCCAGCACUCCCUACCGCCCUCUCCAUCCCCCUCACACGGCAGCAUGAGGGGCACCUCGGAGAGAAACGCACGUGAACAGCAACAGCCAAACUAUUGGAGCUUUAAGCAUCUUAAAAACCCAUGGCACAAGACUCUAGGAAAAAAUCAUCAGGAAGCCACAACAAGUCGUAGUCCACGUCACUCCCAGUCCACUCAGUCAGGUUUGGCAGACCAGGCGUCUAAACUUUCCUUCGCAUCUGCUGAGUCUCUGGAGACCAUGUCAGAGGCCGACAUGCCGCUGGGCUUCAAUCGCAUGAACCGCUUCCGUCAGAGCCUCCCCCUUUCCCGCUCUGCAAGCCAGAAUAAACUACGUUCUCCAGGUGUCCUCUUCCUGCAGUUCGGAGAUGAGACCAGGCGUGUUCAUAUCACUCAUGAGCUCAACAGUUUAGAGACAUUGCACGCGCUCAUCGUGCACAUGUUCCCUCAGAAGCUGACAGCAGGAAUGCUGAAGUCCCCGAACACGGCCAUCUUGAUCAAAGAUGAAGCCAGGAACGUCUUCUACGAGCUGGAGGACGUGAGAGACAUACAGGACCGCAGCAUCAUUAAAAUCUAUCGCAAAGAGCCCAUCUAUGCCUCCUAUCCUGCGGCACAUCUGGCCAACGGAGACCUCAGGAGAGAGAUGGUUUACACAUCCAGGGACUCGUCACCUACCCGCCGCCUCAACACUCUUCCUUCCUCCACUGCCUCACCCUCCUCCGGCUCCCCUUCCCGAUCCCGUCUCUCCUACAGCGGAGGUCGUCCCCCGUCUUUCGCUGGCCCGGGUCACCCUCACCCCCAGGGCUCCCAGCAUCCGUCCCACUCCCACCACCCUUCUCCCUCUCACGGACAGGCUCAAGGCCUAACCGCCUCCUCCUCGGCCAUCCUGGAGCGCCGUGAUGUCAAACCUGACGAGGAGAUGUCUGGCAAAAACAUGGUCCUCCUGAAGAAUGAAGGUCUUUAUGCUGAUCCCUACAGCUUGAUGCACGAGGGUCGACUUAGUAUCGCUUCUACUCAGUCCCUGGCCACCAUCGCUGACCCCUUCGGCUUCCCUGUGUCUGGAGGGCUGUACCGCAGAGGUUCAGUUCGGUCUCUCAGUACGUACUCAGCCGCAGCGCUGCAAAGCGACCUAGAGGACAGCCUGUAUAAACCUGGAGGUUCUCUAUACUCUGAUACAUAUGGCAGCUCUACGCUCGGCAUGGGCUUUCGUUUGCCACCCUCCUCCCCGCAGAAGAUUCCCGAUGUGCAGCUGCGUGACAGGGAUUCGUUCACCGGAUCUCCAAGCCGAGGGUCACCUGUGAGAACGACCUUCCGCAAGGACUCCGCUUCCUCUUCUGUGUUUGUAGAGAGUCCGAAGUCCAGACCCAGCUCCAGUUCUGAACCCCUAGGAGAUGGGAGUAAGGGACCUGGAUUUGGGUCGCAAUUGUCUGGGGGCGAGACGGACGCACGCAGGGAUCGUAUGGAGGCAAUGGAGAAGCAGAUAGCCAGUCUGACUGGACUGGUUCAGAGCGUCCUAACCCGAGCACCAGACAGCGACAGCACAUGCGGCCUGCUGCGUCUCUGCAUGAUGGCGGGCUGCCCUCCGGACCAGGGGGCGGACUUUUCACGGCCCUUCCCUUUCUCUUCCAGCGAGAAGACCGAAUCCACCAGCGACGGCUCCGCCACCGGAACUGGCCGGCUGAAGAAGAAAGCACUGACUCCAUCUGCCCCGCUGGCACUGAUGCCUCCGCCUUCAUCUGGGGGCUCUCAGGCCUCCACCGUCUCCAGGCUACAGAUGCAGCUUCACCUGCACGACUUACAACAGAACGCCACCGAUCUGCGCAAACAGCUUUCACAGCUCCGUAAAAUGCAGUUGCAGAACCAGGACUCCAUACGCAGUCUGCUGAAGAGGACAGAGACAGAGCUGAGUCUGCGUCUGUCUGAUGCGCUGAGGAAACAGGAAGACCCUCUCCAGAGACAGCGCCUUCUAGUGGAAGAGGAGAGACUCAAGUACCUGAACGAGGAAGAACUCAUCAUACAGCAACUGCAUGAUCUGGAAAAGUCAGUGGAGGAAAUACAAAAGGAGAUGUCUGUCAGUCACAGACAUGUGACAGUGCAGGAGCUGGAGGAGAAAAGCUCGCUGCUGCGGAAACUGGGAGAGACUCUUACAGAGCUGAAGAAUCAGUUCCCAGGGCUCCAGAGUAAAAUGCGGGUGGUGUUACGAGUGGAAGUGGAAGCCGUGAAGUUCCUGAAAGAGGAGCCACACAGACUGGACGCCCUACUUAAACGCUGCAAAUCUAUCACAGAAACUCUCACCACACUGAGGAGGCAGGUGAAUGAGGGAGUAUGGAAAGCCCAGGAUGAGUAUUCCAGCCCCUCUCCUAAACUCGGAGGAGGGGACGAUUACAGGAAGAACUCAGACUUUGAAAUUCCAACCAGCCCACCGCUAAACCUCAAUGAGACCAGCCUGGCUAACUGGAGCCCUCACUCGGGUCAAUGCCACGCCCACUCUAACCCGUCUCAUGCUCACCGGGAGAAAGAUUCUCAUGGGUUGGUGGGCUCAUUGAAGGGACGGGGCCUGGAGGAGCUGGGGGGGCGAGGCGGGUCUGAUAAGGCCUCGUCUGUGGAAGUGAGACUGGCAGCAGAGCGGGAUUGGGAAGAGAAGAGGGCCAGUCUAACACAGUACAGUGCUCAGGACAUUAAUCGACUAUUGGAGGAGACUCAGGCUGAGCUCAUGAAGGCCAUUCCUGACUUGGACUUUGCCGCCAAGCAGAUCAAACCCGCUCAGAACCAGAAUCAAAACCAAAAUCAAAACCAGAGCCAGAGUCCAUCUAGCACCAAUGCCACACCUGAACACAGGCCUAAUAAACCUCAACAUAAACUUUCCAGUAAAGAUGGCGGAUCCAGAAGAGGCUCGGAUGAACUGACAGUGGCAAGGUAUCGUACAGAGAAGCCCUCAAAAUCCCCCCCUCCUCCACCUCCCCGCCGGAGUUUCCCCUCCUCCCCAGGGCUUACUACACGCAGUGGAGAGAUGAUCAUUCCUGGAAAGAUUAUGAAGAAGUCAGAAUCAGAGGAGAGCGAGUCUCUGAAGCCACAUGUUAAGCUGCGGAGGAGUAUAUCUGAAGCCCCCCGAUCGGCCUCCACCCCUCCGACCAUCGCUGGUGGAGAGCGAGAAGAGGGCGACGAUGACAAGCUAGCAGCUGAGCUGGAGCAGCCGACUGCAUCUCAGUCUGGUUUACAUGAACACUCCAGUGAUUUUACAGAGAAACCUCUGAUGCAGCAUGAGAUGACCUCCAGUCCAGUUCCCCAGAUAGUCUUGACUGAAUGUAACUCUCUCCCCACGUCUCCUUCUGAGGACUCAGCACAGACCAGACCGUCUGACAGUGCUCAGACGAAAAAAGACAAUAACACUGGAAACGACAUCAGAGUAAGCUACUUCAGCCACAUUGUGAGGACUCCCCGUCUGUCGCUGUGGAAACAAGACUUGACAACCAGCCAAAAAGUCCCUCGGAUACAAGACUUGGAUGCUGCCCAGAGGGAACUUCAGAGUCCUGUCCAGGAUGUGACCCAGUCGUGUCCGCCUUUAACAAGGGAGAGGGCAAUUAAACAGCCCCUGAAGAGGGAGCCACGGGUUCAGGAGUCUCUCGAGGCGGCGACAGAACCGAAAGACGAGCGAAAGAGAAAGUCGGACACUACAUUGUCUGUCUUGCAGCAAAAUGGGCCCGUAGAGACAUCUCAAGUCGGUUUGAUCCGUACUCAAGGCGUUGGAGGGGAAAAAGAAGACAUCUGCCACAGCACGUACCGUCGACUGGACAGUCUGGAGGACACCAUCCGUGAGCUGGAGCUCAGCCUGAUGGAGUUCAGCACUGAUCCUCACACAGGAGACUUCUUGCCCACGUCUGCCCAGACGCAGAGUUCCUCCAUCCAGAGAUCCGGCAGCCCUCGACAUACAGAACAAAACCAUAGAGACGGAGGAGAAACAAACAAACCCAUUGUCCCACCCAAACCGUCCUGCAUCAGUUCAUCCACAGCCAAGACUGGUGGUGCUAGAGCGCUGUCUCGUCUCAAGCAUCUGCAGCAAAGCGGAUCAGAAAAGGUCAAAACAAGCAAACAGAGAGAUGAAUUCCUUAAGAACCAGGGUCAACAACAGGCUCUAAGUCUGAACAUCAGCAGAGCCAGAGCAACAGAGUCGCUCCUCGCAAGCACCAGAGCCGCUAGCUUCUCUGGCCACCUGCCUUCCAGAUUACGGAAGUACCCCCAGGAGGUGGCGCUGUCCUCCUUGACUGCCUCGUCCAACCAGGCCAAAGCACUUCUGGCUGGCCUUUCCGCGUCCAGCCUCUCAGCCGAGGCCCUCCUCCUCUCGUCCACCUUCAGACACCACCGGUUACUGAGAGAGAAGAACUUCGACUCCUCAAGCCUUCCUCUUCCCAUCUCCAAUGGCCGCUCCCCUCUCUCUCCGACCUCACCCACGUCUUCUUCCUCGCCCUCAUCACCCUCAACUCUCACCUCUCUGAGUCUGUCCUCGCUGGCCCUAAAACCCUCCGCCAUCCACAGCCUGGAGUUUGACAGGGAGCGGAACAAGACUGAACCCAAGACGGUGACUCGGGAUGACAUGGAAUAAGGAAGGGCGGUGCUGGAAUUGUUUCAUAUAUAGGAUGCAGACAGCACAAGUAGAUGAAAUGAAAUGCAACUGACCUAAAAGACAGUUUUGUGGGGCUUAGAUUCUGUAGCUUUUGUUUCUGAC